GUGGGCUUUAGAGCUUGUACGUGAGUUUAUAAAGAAAAUUUAUGAUAUCCAAAAAGAAAUCAGCAAAAUUUUCAAUCCUUAACAAUUUCAAUGGACGCUGCAUUAUUUCCUCACUUCUCACGUUCACAUAUCUUCAUCAACUCAAGGUUCCAUGAACAGAUUUUUGCAGGUUCCCAUGGUUAUUCAAGAAUUGGGCUAUACAAUUACAGAAACAAGUGGUUGAGUUCAACAGGUUGGGCAGUUGGAGCUGGAAAUUUAUUUGAUGAGAGUUCUUUAAAAGCAAGUGAAAAUGGUUCAGCAACAUUUGGAACUGUUGAUGCCGAAAUUACCCCUGAAACUAUUGAUUUUUUUGUUAGUGAUGCUGAGGGUGAUCCUGAUUGCCCAACUCCAGGCUACUCUUCCAUUGAGCAGGCACUCAAUGCCUUGCGCCAAGGCAAGUUUGUGAUUGUUGUAGAUGAUGAACAUGGCGAUAUAGAAGGAAAUCUUGUGAUGGCAGCAUCUCUUACAAAUUCAAAGCAAAUUGCAUUUAUGGUGAAGCAUGGCUCAGGAAUUGUUUCUGUAGGCAUGAAAGCAGAGGAUCUUGAUAGGUUGAAGCUUCCUCUAAUGUCACCUGAAACUGAAGAUGAAGAUUCUUCUGCUCCCACUUUUACUGUCACAGUGGAUGCAAAAACCGGGACAUUAACCGGAGUAUCAGCCGCAGACAGAGCCAAUACUGUUCUUUCUCUCGCAUCUCCUGAAUCAAAACCGGAUGAUUUUAGAAGACCAGGACAUGUCUUUCCACUCAAAUACCGAAAUGGCGGCGUCUUAAGAAGAGCCGGUCAUACCGAAGCUUCUGUAGAUCUGGUGACACUCGCCGGACUCCGGCCGGUAUCUGUUCUUUCGGCGAUUGUCGAUCCAGAUGACGGUUCCAUGGCUUCUUUAGCUAGCUUAACACAGUUAGCUUCAAAACACAGCAUACCAGUUGUCUCAAUUACUGAUUUAAUAAGAUACCGGAGAAAAAGAGAAAAUUUAGUUGAAAGAAGCUCUGUUUCUCGUUUGCCUACUAAAUGGGGUCUAUUUCAAGCUUACUGCUACCGUUCCACAUUAGAUGGCACAGAGCAUAUAGCUGUGGUGAAGGGUAAUAUAGGACAAGGACAAGAUGUUCUUGUAAGAGUUCAUUCAGAAUGUUUAACUGGAGACAUAUUCGGAUCAGCUCGUUGCGACUGUGGGAGCCAGUUAGAUUUAGCAAUGCAGAUAAUAGAGCAGGCUGGCCGAGGUGUUGUCAUAUACCUUCGAGGCCAUGAAGGAAGAGGAAUCGGCCUCGGUCAUAAACUCCGAGCCUACAAUCUGCAGGAUCAAGGUCAUGACACAGUUCAAGCUAAUAUUGAACUCGGUCUGUCGGUAGAUGCCCGCGAAUACGGCAUCGGUGCUCAGAUUCUGCGGGACAUAGGAGUUCGAACGAUGAGGCUAAUGACGAACAAUCCUGCAAAGUUCACAGGUUUGAAGGGAUAUGGACUGGCAGUAAUCGGAAGAGUUCCUGUUUUAACAGCAAUUACAGAGGAAAACAAGAAAUAUUUGGAAACAAAACGUACCAAAAUGGGUCAUAUUUAUGGUUCUGAUAUUCAAGGACCAUUAUCUGGAUUCAUCAACCCAACAGAAAAUGAAAAUACGGAUUCACCAGAAGAUAAGUGACACAAAAAUAUAUCAUACAAGUUCAUGAUCAUGGAUUCAAAAAGGCAGUUUUAGAAUUAUUCUUUUUUACAUCUAUGUUAUACGGAAAUUUCUCGAGUCCUACACUUCUACAUUCUUUCUAUUUUUGAAAAUCUUAUGAACUUUUGAAAUUAUAAAUUUGUAAUAUAUUAUUAUAAAAAGAUAUGGUCUCGAAAUUUCUCAUUUCGACA